GGAUUGAACGGUUUUUAAAAAACGUCAUGACGUAUGUAAUUUCAGUUCUCGCGAGAGUACGAUCACACCAGAGAGGCAGGGAAGAUGGCGGCGCAGGAGACUGAAGCAGCAAGACAACCAGCCCUAAGCAACGGCGAGGUGAGCAGCAAUGGAGCUGCGGGAGGAGAGCAGGCCGUUCAGACUGCGCAGGCUGCGCAGGACCCGCAGCAGCAGCAGCAGCCGCAGCAGCCGCCGCCCAACGCAUGGCAGGUUAUUAAAGGCGUUCUGUUCAGGAUCUUCAUCAUCUGGGCGAUCAGCAGCUUGUUCCGCAGGAGUCCGGCCACGCCGGAGCAGAGCGGGCCAGCCGGUGCCCCACGGGUACCCAGCCGUAACCUCUUCCCCAAGGACACCCUCAUGGAUUUGUAUGUCUACGUUACCCAGGAUGAGCACUUCUCUGAGUUCAAUGAUACAGAGGGCCUAUUCUGGUACCAAAGGGAUCUGGUGUACGGAGACUGGGUCACCGGGGACAACCAAGAUGGCUGCUAUGAGCAGUACCAGGAGAUGGACAUCCCUGAGAAGGUGCUGCAGAACGGCUCUCUCUACAUCCAUGUGUACUUCACUAAGAGUGGGUUCCACCCAGACCCUAAGCGCAAGGGCGAAUAUCGCCGGCUGGCCACAGUGCACGCCUCUCGAAUGCUGAACAAGUACAAGCGCAGAAAGUUCCUGAAGACCAAAAACCUGCUGACUGGCGAGACUGAGGCCGACCCCGAGAUGAUCAAGCGAGCGGAGAGCCACGGUCCAGUAGAGGUGAUUUCCCAUUGGCACCCCAACCUCACCAUCAACAUGGUGGACGACCACACAGCCUGGGUGAAGGGCUCUGUGCCCCCACCUCUGGAUCAACAUGUGAAAUUCGACGCGGUGAGCGGGGACUACUACCCCAUCGUCUACUUUAAUGACUACUGGAACCUGCAGAAGGACUACUACCCCAUCAACGACACGCUGGAGAAGCUCCCGCUGCGCCUGACCUUCUGCCCCCUCUCGCUGUGGCGCUGGCAGCUCUACGCCGCCCAGAACGCCAAGUCCCCCUGGAACUUCCUGGCCGACGAGACCUAUGAGCAGUCGGACGAGGACCAGGACUCCGUCAAGGUGGCUCUGCUGGAGACCAAUCCCUACCUGCUGGGCGUGACCAUCGUGGUGUCCAUCGUCCACAGCAUCUUCGAGUUCCUGGCCUUCAAGAAUGACAUCCAGUUCUGGAACAGCCGGCAGUCCCUGGAGGGGCUCUCCGUGCGCUCCAUCAUCUUCGGCGUCUUCCAGUCCCUCGUGGUCCUGCUCUACAUCCUGGACAAUGAGACCAACUUCGUGGUGCAGGUCAGCGUCUUCAUCGGACUGCUCAUCGACUUCUGGAAGAUCACCAAAGUCAUGGACGUCAAGCUGGACAGAGAGAACAAAUUGGCUGGAAUCAUCCCACGCUUGGUCUUCAAAGACAAGUCCACGUAUGUCCAGUCCUCCACCAAAAUCUACGAUGACAUGGCCUUCAGGUACCUGUCUUGGCUGCUGUACCCGCUGUUUGGCUGCUAUGCUGUCUACAGCUUGUUGUACGUGGAGCACAAAGGCUGGUACUCCUGGGUUCUGAGCAUGUUGUACGGCUUCUUGUUAACCUUCGGCUUCAUCACCAUGACGCCCCAGCUCUUCAUCAACUACAAGAUGAAGUCAGUGGCCCACCUCCCGUGGAGGAUGCUGACCUACAAGGCGCUGAACACCUUCAUCGAUGACCUGUUUGCCUUUGUCAUCAAGAUGCCCAUGAUGUACAGAAUAGGCUGCCUCAGAGAUGAUGUAGUGUUCUUCGUCUACCUGUACCAGCGCUGGAUCUACAGAGUGGAUCCCAACCGCGUCAACGAGUUUGGCACCAGCGGGGUGGACCAACCCAGGGACAGCUCAGAGCAGGGGGCGACGAGCGGCGAGCCGGCCGCCAUCACAGAUAAACCAGAGGGGGAGAAAAAGGACGACUGAGAGCAGGAAGCGCCCAUACCCCCCCGCCCCCACCCCUUGUCCAACCUCUCCCAGAGGAGAUGAUUCGCCGAGGCGAGGCAGAGUUUGUUUCAUUGGCUGGGGAAGAGAACAGAGCUACUGUAUUCUGUAAUGGGCACCUCAACCAAUUCACUUCAACUUUCCUUUUUGUUUGUUGGGAUCCAUGACAGGUCAUGUUUAAUAUAGACUUCAUGUUUUGUUUUUUUUAUUCCCCUUUUUGCAGUUCCAGUGAAGUAAAGUGUGAUUGUACUGUAUUGUAAUUUUUUUUCCAACUGUUGAGUCUUGGACAGAGGGGUGGGGGGGCGGGGGGGCAGUGCAUAUCUCCAUAUUUUAAAAUGACUGGGUUGGGUGAGGGAGGGGGCAAAAAGGAACCAAGCAUGAUUCUGCUGUCUGUGGAUUCCUUGUGAAUUUUCAUUCCAUGUGUAUGCCUUGCUUUUGGGGCAACUGGUAAAACUGGCAACAUUAUCUAGUCUGGGGGAGGGUUGGUCUUGUCUGUAAGUUGAGCCAAAAUGGCUGAUGGCUGACCCUACCCAAACACUACACACAUUGAGGCUACCCUAGAUUUUAAACAAGAUAAUUGAUGUUCCGAACUUAAGCAGCCUUGUAGGUAUUAAUAUCUGAUGAUAAUAUUAACAAUGAUGUUGACUUGAUUUUGUUUCUCAGUAAUUUUUUUUUCCUUUUGUAUGUACUGAAACUGUACAGAAUCACAGCUUGUACUCUUGAUAAUACUGAUGUCAAACUCAAAUAUUAUAGCCGAUGUACAACGUGUAAUUUUGCCCCGGAUUGCCCACUUGAAUUCUGCUGCGUUUGCACUUCUAGCCGUAGCUGCAAGGCCUCUUUGUCUAAUACAGUAGAGUCCCAACAUCUGGUUGUGUACGAGAUUAAUGCAUUUUUUGGUAUUUAUUAUUUUGGAUGCUGUAUAUCUCAACGGAGGAGGGGGAUUGUUUAAUACUUAUUGAAUUCUGAUCACUCAAUGUUCAUAUUUAUAGUGCUGCU